AGGGGAGAGGGUUAGUUAUAUUGGUACACUCCACCUGAAACUCUCCCUUUUUCUUCUCUGCCCCGCCUCGCUGCCUCCCCACGUUUUUACGUGCAUCUCUGAGGCUCUUGAGACUGUCUCCCACGCUCUCUUUUCGAUCCGUCCUCAAUGGUCUCCCUUUACCCUCUCAGCAAUUCCAAUUCUUCCGCUAGAUCCAAUUCUUCGAGUCCGCGAACCGUCGAGGAGAUCUUCAAAGAUUACAGUGCCCGAAGAGUUGGUCUCCUUCGGGCCUUGACUCACGAUGUUGAUGAAUUUUAUGGAUUCUGUGAUCCAGAGAAGGAGAACUUGUGUUUGUAUGGACAUCCAAAUGAAACCUGGGAAGUAACUUUGCCGGCUGAGGAAGUUCCACCAGAGCUUCCUGAGCCAGCACUUGGAAUUAAUUUCGCAAGAGAUGGCAUGAACCGGAAAGAUUGGCUUUCGUUGGUUGCUGUGCACAGCGAUUCUUGGUUGCUUUCUGUUGCUUUCUAUCUUGGAGCCCGUCUUAACCGCAAUGAAAGGAAGCGUCUAUUUAGCUUGAUCAAUGAUCUGCCCACCGUUUUUGAAGUUGUGACAGAGAGGAAGCCUAUGAAAGACAAGCCCAGCGUGGACAGUGGAAGCAAAUCUCGGGGUAGCACAAAGAGAUCAAUUGAUGGACAAGUUAAGAGCAACCCUAAGCUUGCUGAUGAGACUUAUGAGGAGGAAGAUGAUGAGCAUAGUGAAACCCUUUGUGGGAGCUGUGGUGGAAAUUACAGUGCUGAUGAGUUUUGGAUUGGCUGCGACGUUUGUGAGAGGUGGUUCCAUGGAAAGUGUGUGAAGAUAACACCUGCUAAGGCGGAGAACAUCAAGCAAUACAAAUGCCCGUCUUGUAUGAAGAGGGGGAGGCAGUAGUAGUCACUAUAAAGCCAAUGUUGGUGGAUGGAUAGCAUUGUUCCAGUGGCUGACAAAGUAGUGUAACAGUGUCACCUUUUAAUGUUAUGUAAUGAGUUUGCUGUGAUAUUUCUCUUUAACAGAGCGUAUUGAAAGGGGUUUAAGUUAGUCUUCCCCUGUGAAUCCUUGGUUAAAUAUUUGCUUGUAUAAUGACAAUGUUUAUUUUAUGAAAGAAGAAAUCUUGAAUGA